AUGCUCUCUUGUCAGGUAAAUAGACUUUUAUGCAAACGUUAUGUAAUAAACCAACUUCUACGUAAUAAACAUGAUGUAUCGCCGGCUAAAGUACUAUAUCCUUUAAAAAGUCGCACAUUAAUAAAAAUAAAGGGUCAUGAUGCUGCAGCUUUUCUCCAAGGACUUAUUACAAACGACAUGAAACAUUUUGAAGACGGUGCCAAAUCCAUUUAUGCCAUGUUUCUUAAUAAUAAAGGUAGAGUUCUUUAUGAUACUCUCAUUUAUAGAUGGAAUAAUGAAGAUACAUUUUUAAUAGAAUGUGAUAAAAAUGUUACAAGCUUAUUACAAAAACAUCUUAAGAUAUUUAAAUUGAAAAGAAAAGUUGAAAUAGAAGAUUUAAGCAAUGAGUUUAAUUUAUGGGCAUUUACAUCUUCUACUGGUCUGAAUGAAAUAUCAAAUUUAAAUCACAGUUCAAUUUUUAAAGAUCCUCGCCUUAGUGAAUUAGGAUUUCGUAUAAUUUCUCCAGCUUAUAUAAAAGAUAGUCAUAUGACUGAAAAUUUAGGGAAGGAUGUUACUGAAAAUGACGAGAACGAUUAUAAAUACUUACGUUAUAAAUUAGGGGUUAGUGAAGGAUCUGAUGAUCUACCUCCAGGAACUAGUUUUCCAUUAGAAGCUAAUUGUGACUACUUACAUGGUGUCAGCUUUCACAAAGGUUGUUACAUUGGUCAAGAAUUGACAGCUAGAGUUCAUCACACUGGAGUUGUAAGAAAACGAAUAAUGCCAAUAAAAUUCACUCAAACUGUAUCUAAAGAUAUUGAAAAAGAUUCUGUAAUAUCUUCUAGUAAAGACCCAAAAAGUAAAUUAGGAAAAUUGAAAGGUGUAAUAAACGACUAUGGAUUAGGACUUAUUAGAAUUAAAGAGGCUCUAGAUGCAAAGAGCCUAAAUGUUGGAAAUUAUUCAGCUGAACCAUUGAAGCCUUCAUGGUGGCCCUUUGAAGCUCCAAAAGAAGUAUCAAAGAUUGAA